GUGAAUUAUGUCUUUUUUCCCAUCUCCUCAGCUCGAGGAGCUUCGAGCUCGGCUGUCGCAGGUCGCAGAUGCCAUUUUCGACCGAUCAGCGCGACUUCAUGGCUCACCUUUCGGACGGCCAGGAGCAACAACAGGUUCGGAUAGUCGAUUAUUAUCGUUAUGCGGAGGCCCAGGGAGAGCAGACUGGGUUUUGCAACAUCUUGGGCAACACUGGGCGAGUCUUGCCGAAGACAAACAGACGAUGUUUCGAGACGACUGGGAGAGCGGGCUGAGAGCGAUGCAACGGGAGCUGACGACACCAUGUACCAGCUGUCCAGCGGGUGUGGCUGAAUGCAAUCGGUGUCGAUACAUGGUGCCGAGCAUAUCGGAGAAACUUGAGAGAUUGGCAGAAGAAGUUGUUGGGAAGUUGGAGACUGAGCGUGCUCGGGUGGCCGACGAGGAGGAAAGGAAGGAGGCCGCGAUGGCAGAGCCAAAACAGGAACCCAAGGAAGAACCGGAGAGGCCGCCAACAGCAGAUCCAGCACUCAAAGAAGAACUGGAGAAAGCAUCUGGAGAAGCCGCAAGUUUGAAGGAACAGCUGGAGAAAGCAACUGGUGAUCUUACCGGCCUGACCACGAAGAAUGAAGAACUUACAAAGGAGCUCGACACUGUGAAAGAGGAGCGAAAGAGCGCUCGGGAAGCACUAGGAGAGGCACUUCAUCAACUUGACAAAGCAGCCACGAACAUCGAGUGGUACGCCAAAGACUUGGAAGCAGGAAAGCGAUGGAAGAUGGCAGCCGAGGUCUACAACGACCUUCGCCAAAUGAGAGAAGCGAAACUGAGUCGCCAAGAUGGCGGAGCGCUGUCCGAUGACGAAAAGCCAAAAGUCAAGAAAGAAGCUGUUUUGUUCAGAUAUAAGCAAGUAUCUGCACUCAUGAAUUUUGGGACUUAUCCGGAUCCAGAUCUUCUGGGCAUCGCGGAGGAAUUAUGGGAAGACAUCGGUGCCAAGGGAUGGAUGGGACAGGAAGGGAAAUUGCUAUUUGAGCCAACAUCAAGGGAACUCCGGAAGAUCCACGAAGAUUACUGCAGCAUCCUUCGCGGCAACAAGAGGUACGACGAUGCAGAGCGAGAAUGUAUGUUUGUCUGGUAUCUGCCAUCGUGGUGGGUUGACAAAGAUCAGAAAGACGACUGGAGAUACGAUACGGCGUACCGGAUUGCCGGGAUCAUGAAUGAGAAGAAGAAUUACGAAGAAGCGGUGGUCUGGCACAAGAAAGUCGUGCAGUGGGCAUUGGAAGUGAGUCCACGAAGGAUGAAGCGAGCGGCAAGAAGCGGAACCAAAUUGAUCUCCCUCUUGGAAAGUUUGAAACGCGAGAACUGUCUCAUUGACAUUCUCACGCCUAUCUGGGCUGCAAAAGAGCCCGAUGAUAAUGAGAUUGAUAUCUUGACCUGUGGGUACGAGCUUGGUAGCCGUCUCCUGCCAAAUCGGCCGGAGAGAGCAGCUCCAGUACUAAGAGGUGUCUGGGAAGGCAUGAAGGCAACGAAGCAUAAACAGGCGAUGGACGUGGCAGAGCUUCUGGCCAAAGCAUACGGUAGUCUGGAGAAGGACAAGGAACUCGAGCAACUAUAUCCCUGGAUUAUCGACAACCUCACAGACGACAAAAAGCUCGAGAGAAACAAAUACCGAUACGCUCUUGGAUACGUCCAGUUCACUCGCGAGAAUGAAGAAGCAGAAGGUACCUUGAGAAAAGCAUGGCACGAGCUUGAGCAAGAUCCCCGAUAUGGAAGGGACCAUCGCGAUACGCUUCAGAGUGGUCUCCUUCUUGGACAAGUACUUGUGAAGAAGGGAGCUCUUGAUGAAGCACAGGUAUUCUUGAAGGCUGCAUGGGAGGGAGGACACAAAUAUCCCAAUACCACACUCCUCGUCAGAGCAGGAGAAUUCUAUAGCGAUGUUUUGGUUCUGACUGGAAAUCCUCAAGCCCUGGAUGCUGCGGAGAGAGUCCUCGACGAAGUGUGGAAGAUAGCUUCGAGGAUGUCGCUGAAUAACUACGUCCGCGACAGAAACUCAGUGCUCUGGCCAGCAUUGUUGAGUGCCGGGGACUGCUAUGGCAGGUUGCUGCUGGAUCGUCAAAAAUGGGCGGACGCCGAGAAGCUGUUGAUGAAAGUUGUGAAAUUGAAGAAGGACUUGGGCCAUGGUCAGGAGGACCUUGAAGAGACUCAGCACUUGCUGGAAGAGGCGAAGAGAAUGCAGCUGCCGCCGCCAGAGAUUGUCAAUAUUGGACCAAGAGAUAUAGGACUGCCAAAUCUAGAGCUUCCGCAACCGGCAAGGCCGCGGUCACGAUCUCGACGGAGGCAGCCUCGCAAACGGCCAGGAUUCCUUUCCGAUGUUGCAUGGUGGAUGAUGACGACCUAAAGUCGUGUGAGCGUGGGGAUUUUGUAGUACAUGAAGGUCCACGAUGUUGUAGGAUUGAGGAUGUACACUUGGGGCGUUAUGGACGUUCUUUUAGGGUAAAUGGUUUCCUUUGUCAAUAAAUGUUAGAUAGUUUAGAAGAAUAGAAUGGCGUUAUUUGCAUG